AUGACGGAUUUUGGUUCUCUAAUUAGCAAUGCAUUUACAGUUGUAUCUGAAGCAGUAAAAAUUUAUGAAAAUGCUAAACAUAAUAAAAAUACUUGUGAUUCAUUAUUGCGCAGAGUCAAAAUUGCGGAGAUUAAUGUUAAAAUGUUGGAGCUUCAACCGAGAAUUUGCGAUUAUAAAGCAUUUUACUUAUUUGUUGAAGUACUAAAAAAAAUGAAAAAUUUCAUGAAUGAUGUUUCAAAUUUGACAGGCUGGAAAAAAUAUGUAUCUGCAACUUCGGUUAAAGAAACGUAUGAAAAAUUAAUUUCUGAGUUUGAUCGAAGUAUGGAUGAUUUACAUUUCACAGUAGCUAUUUUUAACGAACAGCAAAGAAAAUUAGAACAAGAAAAUCUCAAUGCUGAUAUUAAAAAGAUGGAACAGUUCCUAAAAACAAUUUCUGGAGGCGUCACAGAUGUACAGUUGCAAAUCAACACAGUUAUUAACGAGAUGACUAUGCGACUAGAACCAAAAAUCGCAAAUUUCAGAUAUUCUCGUGAAACAGAUGAUAAUACUACACUCAUUAAAAAUGAAGAUGAUAUAGUACGUUGGAUGUCACCUGAAAAAAUAUCCAAGCAUAGAUAUGACUUUAAAUGCGAAAUUUUUAGUUUUGGAAUGUUACUUUGGGAAUUGACAUUCGAAAAAAUCCCAUAUGAAGAUAUUUCGAACAUAAAUCAAAUAAAGAAAAAUGUUACAAAUGGUAUCCGCGAAAGGAUCAAUUUUGGGCUGACUACUCCAGAGCAUCAAAGGAUUCAGAAUGGUCUAAAAGAAAUUAUUAUUGCAGCCUGGAAAGAAAAGCAACAAGAUAGAAUUUUACUUGUUGACAUAUUUAAUAAGCUCUAUAAUUUAUCAUUGAAGUGUGAUGAACCACAUUACCAAACUUCUCUUUAUCCCGACGGCCAUUUAGAUUUAGAUGGAUCGAAAUUUAACCAAUUAUCUGUGAGACCUCUUGUUGGUGGUGUGAAGUUUAAUCGCGAAAGGUUCACCGAAUACCUGACAAAAGCAGCUAAUGCUGGUGAUGCUAUGGCUCAAUAUCAUUUGGGAAAUAUGCAUUUAGAAGGGAAACAUGCUGAUUUAAAUACGGAUUUGGGUAUUAAAUAUUUAAGAUUAGCAGCACUAAAUGGUCAUUUAGAGGCUGAAAAAGCUUUAAAGGAGAGAGGUGUAAAUAUCAAUGAGUAA